AUGGGGGGCCAUUCGGGGGUUCAGGUCACUAGGAAGCGGCUUUCUAGUCUAAUAUAUUGGAAGGGUCUCACCACUGAUGUUAAGAAAUGGAUUCGGGAAUAUGUUGUUUGUCAAAGAUUUCCAGAUCGUGCUUGGUCGGUAAUCAGCAUGGAUUUUAUCGAAGGACUUCCCUCUUCCAAUAAAAAGAACUCCAUUUUAGUGGUGGUUGAUCACCUUACCAAAUACGGCCAUUUUCUACCUUUGUCUCAUCCAUAUACGGCCACUGAUGUCGCUAACGAGUAUCUGAAACACGUUGGUUUGGCUCCUACGCAAGAUCAAUUGCCCUUGGUGGAUGAUCAAAGUGUCUUGCCAAAAGAACCAGUUCACAUUUUAGAUAGAAGGAUGGUCAAGAGAGGAAAUCAUGCGGUAACAGAAGUGUUAGUAGAGUGGGUUAAUUCUUUUCCAGAGGAUGCAACGUGGGAACCACUUCCUGUCCUAUCAAUAACUUUGGUGGUGUUCGUGGGUGAUAAUUCGGUUCUUAUGUCGUCGAGGUUAAGGGUCUUGGUUUGUGGAAACAUUUAA